AUGCCGGCCCCAAAUUCUUCUCAGGAGACUUCAAAUGCCGGUAUUACAAUUACCGCCUCCGGCGACCGCAUCAUUCCGGCCUCGCGACGCGCAGACGGCUCGGAGCGCAAAGCUAUAAAGGUUCGCCCCGGUUACCAACCACCAGAGGACGCAAAACUCUAUAAAAAUCGGGCAGCAGAGGCAUGGAAAAACCGGGGCUCUGGUGGCGUCCCUGGUGCGGCUAGUGUCGAUGAUGAAAAGACAGACAGCGCUGCCAAAGCCAGCAGCAACAAGAACGCGAAGCGGAGGGAAGCACGGAAGAAGGCCAAGGCUGUCGGCACGCAAGAGGAAGAUGAGCAACCCAUUUCAAGCACAGCCAAUGGAAAUGUUGAGAAGUCAGCCACUUCAGAUAAAGUCGUCCAGGAGAACUGGAGGGCGACCGCGAAGCCUGACGGAGCAGACGCGGAGGCUGAGAAGGAGAAACAUGCCCGAAACCUAAGAAAGAAGUUACGACAGGCCCGGGAGUUGAAAGACAAGAAGGAGAGCGGGGAGUCAUUGCUUCCAGAGCAAUUCGAAAAAGUUAUUCGUAUCAGCGAAUUGAUAAGGCAACUCAGUGCGCUGGGCGUUGACCCCGAGGAGCCUCAAGAAUCAUGA